GGCUGAAACUGUUGAACUACCCAUUGCGUUCCUUCUGGACGCCGGAGGUUGGGUGUUUCGGCCAGGAAGGCUGGUCCCCGCAGGACGGGACGACUGGCCUGGGCGGAGGACUCGGGGCUGGGGCGAGAGCCCGGCCGAGGCGGCCCAGGAGGAGGGGACGCCGCAGACGGGCCGCCCCCUGCGGGAAGUGAGCGCGCGUGGAAAGACCGCGCGCGUCCCAGAAAAUGAGCUCCCCCGCACGUUGCCGGGUCCAGUAGUGAGCGUGGGAGGCACACCUUGCCCACACAACUAGGGGCUUCAGAGUUGUCCCCACUGAGAAAGUCGCCGCGCCUGCCCGCACACCUGCCCUGCCCGGCUGGGCGUGCAAGCGCCUGCGUUUGCCUCUUCUGCUUCAGACGUGUAAGACCCACAGGAAGCGCCCAUUAGAUAAUCUGUGCGCGUGGCUUUCCUGAAGCUCAAGUUUUACGCUACUCAGCCUUCCUACAUAAAAAAUUUCAAGCCAGAUAUUGCCAGAAAUGUCAGAAGAUUCAGAAAAGGAAGACUAUUCAGACAGAACAAUCAGUGAUGAAGACGAAUCAGACGAGGAUAACUUCAUGACGUUUGUAAGCGAGGAUACCCACCAGUGUGCACUUUUAACGGCUGACUCUGUCAGUGAUCCAUUUCCCCCCCGGACUACCCAGAUCCUGCUGCAGUAUCAGCUAGGGAAGUGGGUGCCACGUCUUUGUGAACCACGAGAUCUGUAUGGUGUUUCUUCUUCUGGCCCGCUGAGUCCAACACAGUGGCCGUACCACUGUGAAGUUAUCGAUGAAAAAGUCCAGCAUAUUGAUUGGACUCCUAAUCCUGAGCCAGUGUACAUCCCAACAGGUCUAGAGAUGGAACCCCUUUAUCCAAACUCCAAGGAAGAUACUGUAGUUUAUCUAGCUGAAGAUGUUUACAAGGAGCCCUGUUUUGUGUAUUCCCGCGUAGGGGGUAACCGAACGCCUCUGAAGCAGCCUGUGGAUAACUAUGACAAUACUUAGAUGUUUGAAGCAAGAUUUGAAAGUGGAAAUCUACAGAAGGUAGUCAAAGUGGCAGAAUAUGAAUACCAGUUGACGGUGCGCCCUGACCUCUUCACAAAUAAACACACCCAGUGGUACUAUUUCCAAGUCACUAAUACUCAAGCAGGAAUAGUCUACAGAUUCACUACAAUCAAUUUCACUAAGCCUGCUAGUCUUUAUAAUCGGGGUAUGCGCCCACUAUUUUAUUCUGAGAAAGAGGCCAAGGCGCAUAAUAUCGGCUGGCAGAGAAUAGGAGACCAAAUCAAGUAUUAUAAGAACAACCAGGGACAAGAUGGACGCCAUUAUUUCUCUCUUACAUGGACAUUUCAAUUUCCACACAACAAAGAUACCGGCUGCUUUGCUCACUGCUAUCCGUAUACUUACACCAACCUGCAAGAGUAUCUGACUAGUACCAAUAAUGACUCAGUACGGUCCAAGUUUUGUAACAUACGCGUUCUGUGCCACACAGUUGCUAGGAACAUGGUGUAUGUUUUAACAAUCACUACUCCCUUGAAGAACGCAGACUCAAGAAAGCGAAAGGCUGUGAUUUUGACUGCAAGGGUACAGCCAGGGGAAACCAGCAGCUCUUGGGUCAUGAAGGGCUUCCUAGAUUACAUUUUAGGAGACUCCAGUGAUGCGCAGUUGCUUCGGGACACUUUCAUCUUCAAGGUGGUACCUAUGCUGAAUCCAGAUGGUGUGAUUGUGGGAAAUUAUCGUUGUUCCUUAGCUGGAUGAGAUUUAAACCGUAACUACACAUCUGUCCUAAAGGAAUCGUUUCCGUCCGUUUGGUAUACGCGGAACAUGAUCCGCAGAUUAAUGGAGAAACGGGAGGUGAUUUUAUAUUGUGACCUUCAUGGCCACAGUAGGAAGGAGAACGUCUUCAUGUACGGCUGUGACGGGAGUGAAUGUAAAGCAUUGUACUUACAGCAGCGAAUCUUCCCACUCAUGCUGAGCAAAAAUUGUCCAGAUAAAUUUUCAUUCUCAGCUUGCAAGUUUAAUGUUCAGAAGAGCAAAGAGGGAACAGGAAGGGUAGUGAUGUAGAAAAUGGGAAUCAGGAACAGCUUUACCAUGGAGGCUACUUUUUGUGGAUCUACGCUGGGAAAUAAACGAGGCACGCAUUUCAACACAAAAGAUUUGGAGUCAAUGGGAUAUCAUUUUUGUGAUUCUCUUUUGGAUUAUUGUGACCCAGACCGAACCAAGUAUUAUCAGUGCCUGAAAGAACUGGAAGAGAUGGAGAAACAUAUUAAUUUGGAAAAAGUUCUUGAGGAUUCAGAUACUUCUCUGAAAGAAAUUACAUUGGAUCUAGAGUCUGGUAGCCGAGGCUCUGACAGUUCAGAAUCCAAUGAGUCUCAGACUUGCUUUCUCGAAUUAACUUCUCAGCCUCCCAGUUCAGUGAGACUGAAACUCCAUUCCAGCCCAGCACAGCCCAGAACACAGAGCCCUGAAAAUACCUGCACGAGCUCCUCCUUGGCUUCUCAAAAGAUACUUGAGGUAGGAGAGCUCUCCUUGAUUUCUUCUGACUACUUUACUCCUUCUUCUGGCUUCUCUGACUUUGAUUUUGAAUUAAAGCAACAGUGGGGGAGGGGUACAUUCAUAACAAACCCCGGCAGACGGGCUUAUUCUCUCAGUCAUUUCUUUGGAUUUGGUAAACUGCAAACCCAGUACUCUGGCCAUACCCAUCUUCUAUUUAACUGCACCACCAGUGCCCGGAGAUUGCAGCCAGCUACUUACAGAAAUAAGAGAUCCAGCACAUCCUGGACACCACCCAGAAAUCCCUCCUUUAUAAGCCAAUGGAGCCCUGUGGUCAGCUCUUCAGAGUGGCUCCAGUCUGUGUCCCAGAGUUUGUCACCUCUCAAAGCGCCCAAGAAGAAGAAAAAACACUCUCGAAGCAAGGCCACAAAGACUCAAGACGUGAAACCUCUCAGCAGCAAAUGGGAGACUGCUCUCGUAAGUUUUGAGAAGGACACAGAUAGCAAAGAAGAGAGUCUUCAAGCUGAAGAAUCCAGUGAGUCAAACUCCAAGCAAAUAGCUCCACCUAAGAAUGGGGAUGAGCAACCAAAUAGGAAUUACGGACAACCUACCUUCCAUCUGAAUUUCCCAAGGCACAAAUAAUUUAGCUUUGUGCUACUCUGAAACUUGUGGAUGAAAAAUCACUGAUGCUUACGUAGUAAAGGGAAAGAAAGAGAAAGAAACAUGAGAAAGCCCGCCCCACCCCUCUGUCUCUGUCCCUCCCCCUACACAUCCACAUGCAUGUACCCAACUACAACGUCUAGCUAACUCAUCUUCGUUAGUGGGAACAUCUUUCAGAGAUUUAAGAAGAAAUCCAGAGAAUUUUAAAUUACUUAUUUAUAUUUUUGUCAAGAUGGAAAAAAAAUCUAUGAACUUUUGAAUUCUCCCAAAACAACUUAUGCAUAAAAGUCAAGAAAGGA